ACAAAGUACAAACCGAUAUAACCAUCCCCUCUAAGCAGUCAUCUUCUCAUACGAGCUCUGCUCUGCAAGAAGGCCACGGGGAACAUCGUUUGAGCUACCAACGACAUUGAAAAGGAUGCCAACAUUAACCUCAACGCGGUUGCUUCUUCUUGUUGGUGAGUCGUCACCUUUCAAGAAGCUAUCACAUGUGUCUAGGACAGCUUGGGUGCACAGAAGCAUACGUUUUUUUAGUAGGGUUGAGCGGGACCGUGGGCUCCUCACUCUUGCAAGCCUUGGGCACAAGAGUGAAUUUGAAGCAACAGACAAGAACAAAGCAAAUAAAUAUAAGCAGUUGAGUUCUCCUAUUGAAGGUCCCAAGAGUAAACUCAAUGCAGCUGGAAGUAAUGAAAUAAAGGCAGUUGAGAGAAAAAAAUUGCUUGAAAUAGAGUCAGCUCCAUUUGCGGCGAAAUCUUUUUCUGAGCUUGGCCUCCCGCCUUUAUUAAUAGAGAGGUUAGAGGGUGAAGGCUUUACAGUUCCAACUGAUGUACAGUCUGCAGCGAUUCCUACCAUACUAAAGAGUCACGAUGUUGUGAUUCAGUCUUACACUGGUUCGGGAAAAACAUUGGCUUAUCUUCUUCCUAUACUCUCUGAAGUAGUCCCUCUUAUGAAGAAAUCUUCUGAUGAUGAUGGGAAAUCUGCAAAGAAAAUGGAGAUAGAAGCAGUAAUUGUGGCUCCCUCCAGGGAGCUGGGCAUGCAAAUAGUAAGGGAGGUUGAGAAGAUUUUGGGACCUGCAGACAAAAGGGUGGUUCAGCAGCUUGUAGGGGGUGCAAACCGAUCAAGGCAGGAAGAAGCUCUCAAGAAAAACAAGCCAGCCAUUGUUGUCGGUACACCUGGUCGGAUCGCUGAGAUUAGUGCAUCUGGAAAGCUUCACACUCAUGGAUGUCGUUUCUUGGUCUUAGAUGAAGUGGAUGAGCUACUUUCAUUUAAUUUCCGAGAGGACAUGCACCGGAUACUAGAACAUGUAGGUAGGAGAUCAGGUGCAGACCCUCGUGGAGCAAAAAGCACACUUGCCCAACGGUCUGAACGCCAGACCAUCAUGGUGUCUGCAACAGUGCCAUUUUCAGUAAUAAGGGCAGCCAGGAGCUGGGGUCAUGAUCCACUCCUUGUCCAAGCCAAAAAAGUCACCACACUUGAAUCCCUCCCUCCGUCAGGACCCAUUAAAUUGUCAGGGCCCAUGUCCACUUCAGGUUCAAACUCAAAUGCGCAGCCUCAGCCAGCGGUAGAGAGCCUACCCCCCUCUUUAAAACACUACCAUUGUGUCACAAAGUUACAACACAAGGUUGAUACAUUGCGAAGAUGUGUACAUGCACUUGAUGCCAAGUCUGUUAUAGCUUUCAUGAACCACACAAAGCAGCUGAAGGAUGCCGUCUUCAAGCUAGAGGCUCGUGGGAUGAAAGCUGCAGAACUUCAUGGUGAUCUUGGGAAGCUUGCUAGAUCAACAACUUUAAAAAAAUUCAAGAAUGGGGAGUUGAGAAUUCUUGUGACAAAUGAGCUAUCGGCCAGGGGUUUGGAUGUGGCAGAAUGUGAUCUUGUGGUUAAUCUGGACUUACCCACAGACUCAAUUCAUUAUGCACAUCGAGCUGGCCGGACAGGUCGGCUUGGUAGGAAAGGUACUGUGCUAACCAUAUGUGAAGAGCGAGAAGUUUUUGUCUUGAAGAAGCUGCAGAAGCAGCUUGGCAUUCCCAUUGCAGCUUGUGAGUUCACAGAGGGCAAGCUUGUUAUAACUGAAGUGAAAACUCUAGCUGUAAGUUGACUCAUUUUACAUCAUCAGCUUACUAUAUUCCUGAAUCAACAUAGAUAAAUUUUCUAUGGCCUUUUUUUCCUUGCUUC